CAUGGCUACAUCUUGAGGCCACUUGUGCGGCAGGAGUGCACAGUGUCUUUGGGCAGUGUGUGGGAAAUAAGGCUGCAAAAGUCGGUCAAGAAGCUUUGUGAGUUCUGGAGUUAGAGCUUUAUCCUGAAGAUGAUUAGGAGCCUCACAGCAGGACUUGAAGGUCAUGUAGGACAUCGUAAAUCAUGUGAAGAUGGGACUCUUGGUAUUUGUACGAAACCUGCUGCUAGCCCUCUGCCUCUUUCUGGUACUGGGAUUUUUGUAUUAUUCUGCCUGGAAGCUGCACCUACUCCAGUGGGAAGACUCCAAUUCAGUGGUUGUUUCCUUUGACUCCGCUGGACAAACACUAGGCUCAGAGUAUGAUCGGCUGGGCUUCCUUUUGAAGCUGGACUCUAAACUGCCGGCUGAGUUAGCCACCAAGUACGCAAACUUUUCAGAGGGAACUUGCAAGCCCGGCUACGCUUCAGCCUUGAUGACUGCCAUCUUCCCCCGGUUCUCCAAGCCAGCACCCAUGUUCCUGGAUGACUCCUUUCGCAAAUGGGCUAGGAUCCGGGAGUUUGUGCCACCUUUUGGGAUCAAAGGUCAAGACAAUCUGAUCAAAGCCAUCUUGUCAGUCACCAAAGAGUACCGCCUGACACCUGCCUUGGACAGCCUCCGCUGCCGCCGCUGCAUCAUCGUGGGCAAUGGAGGUGUCCUUGCCAACAAGUCUCUGGGGUCACGAAUUGACGACUAUGACAUUGUGGUCAGACUGAACUCGGCACCUGUGAAGGGCUUUGAGAAGGAUGUGGGCAGCAAAACCACACUGCGCAUCACCUACCCCGAGGGCGCCAUGCAGCGGCCUGAGCAGUAUGAGCGUGACUCUCUGUUUGUCCUCGCUGGCUUCAAGUGGCAGGACUUCAAGUGGCUAAAGUACAUCGUCUUCAAGGAGAGAGUGAGUGCAUCUGAUGGCUUCUGGAAGUCUGUGGCCACUCGAGUGCCCAAGGAGCCCCCUGAGAUUCGCAUCCUCAACCCAUAUUUCAUCCAGGAAGCUGCCUUCACUCUCAUCGGACUGCCCUUCAACAAUGGCCUCAUGGGCCGGGGGAACAUCCCGACCCUUGGCAGUGUGGCAGUGACCAUGGCACUACAUGGCUGUGAUGAAGUGGCAGUCGCAGGCUUUGGCUACGACAUGAGCACCCCUAAUGCACCCCUGCACUACUAUGAGACCGUGCGCAUGGCAGCCAUCAAAGAGUCAUGGACACACAACAUCCAGCGAGAGAAAGAGUUUCUGCGGAAGCUGGUGAAGGCACGCGUUAUCACUGACCUAAGCAGUGGCAUCUGAGUGGGCCCAGCACUUGCCUAUUGAGGCCUACACACCACCAAGAACAAGCAGCAGAGGAGUCUCAGACCCAGAGAAGGACAGUGCCAAGGGGCCCCAGGGGCCAGUGAGGCUUUGGCAGGGCAUCCAGAGCUGUGCCUGCUGGAGGCCAGCCUCAGAGACCAGCACUCUGCCUCACAGCCUGGGUCUGUGAAGCCAGAGGGCCAAGAGGCCACUGGCAAUGCCCCGCAGGCCCAGCAUGCAGAAGGUGGGACAUUAGGCAGCAAGGCUGCUGCUGAAAUCAUUUCUCCAAUCAGUGUUUAGUGUAUUAUCAUUUUGUGUAUUUGGGUGGGGGGGAGGGGAGGGAUAAUUUAUUUUUAAAUAAGGUUGGAGAUGUUCUUUGGUCCACUUGCAGUGCAGAAACAGGCCCACUAGAGGGCCCAUCGAAUAGUGGUACCAGUGAGUUCCCUGAAGGGUAGGAGUGCCAUGAUCCUGAUCUGGGGUCACAGGGAGGUGAAUAGCAUCUCAAGUCAGCUCCCUGCCGCUCAUAACACUGUUUGGCCUUUUGGGGGAAAGACGGGGUAUUCCCAUUAACCAGCCCCAGCAGUCCUGCGGGGAAACCCUGGAGCCAUCCCUUCAGAGCCAACAGGAAAAGCCCCUGGACACAGACAGAACUUUAUAAAGCUCUGGAGGUGAGGUCCAGCCCAGCCUGAAGGGAAUAGCUCCCCUCCCCAGCUGCACCUAAUCCAUGGAACAGUGCCCCUGCCUGGACUGACCGACUUGUCGCAGAUAACUGGGUUUCUGCAAUGAGACUACCAGAUCCUUGGGUUCUGCCUUUAGUCUGGACCAGAGGGAAGUGAGGCCCAAGGACCUUACCCCAGCUGCACAAGCCAUCCCAGGCAGCCCUCAUGGAAGCAAUAAAGCUCUUCCCUGAACCUA